AAAGAGGAAGGGGGAACAGCAGAGAGGUAGGGACAUCUUAUUUUAUGUAUUUCACUGAAGAAGAGCUAUGUCUUUGAUUUAGGCAGAUACAUACUGUAAAGGACUUUUCACUGAAAGACCUCUCUGCUUGCUGCUGAGCUAUUUACUUGAGUAACUCUUGAGGCGAGUUGCACAACUAGAGUCCAACAUUAAUUAAUGUCUGCGAUGGCUUUUAAAGCUUUCACACAAAGACAUGUCUAUGAAAAGCAAGAAGCCCCAAAAGAAAAGGACAAAUCCAGCAUCCAGUGCCUUGAGUGCUAUGAUCGAAAUGUGUACAUAGGGACCAAACAUGCAACAGUCCAGCACCUCAUCUUACCAAGCAGCACAAAUGGAGAUCUGAGUCCUGACCAGAGCAAAACUAGAGAAGGUAGGGCACGAAAACUAGGCUCUAGCAACCCAGUAGCCCAACUGAGGGCAGUCCCACUUUUCAACCAUCUGCUGGUCCUGUGGGACCGGAGCGUUACUGCCCUCAACAUGUUCUCCUUAGAGCCUGUUCCUGCUCUGAAGAAAAUCCAGCAUGUGUCUUUGCUUGAGGUGUGUGACUCAUUGCUCACAGCUCAGGCAGAAUGUGUGGAGAUGGUGACUUCCUCCAGUCGCAGGAAGGUGAUCCGGAUCCACGUGGUGGGAGUGGACAGGUGGGAGGUUGUAAAGGAAGUCCCCCUGCUCCAGGAUCCUGUGGCCUUGGCAGUAGAUGGCACCAGUCUGUGUGUAGCUACCUGCGACAGGUAUCUCCUCUGUGAUAUAGAGACUGGGAGAAGCGAGGAGCUUUUCCCUCACAAUCACAGCAGGCAACGUGUCAUUGUUACCUCAGUGGGACAAGGGGAAUUCCUCCUGAAUGGACCUGAAUCUUUGGGCAUGUUUGUGAUGAAGACAGGGAUAUGCCAGCGCCCUCCCCUGCAGUGGCCUCUGGAGGUACUGGCAGCUGGAGUAUGUUUCCCUUACAUCCUAACCCUGCAGCCCCAAGUGUUGUCUGUCUACAGCAUGUUAGAUCAGCAAUGCAAACAGACUGUGAGUCUCCACGGUGCGAAGGGUCUGCUCACCACGUCAGAUGGUGUGCUAGUGUUCACAGAGAGAGACAUUUUCAGCCUGCGUCUGGUGGCAAUCGAAGAACAGAUCCAGGCACUUGUAGGACAUGAGAGGGUCGAGGAGGCAUUAUUGCUGCUGGAUGGAGUUCAAAGCCAUCGUCCACUUGACUCAUACAAGGAGCUGCAGAAGGCCAUCACUUGCCUGGCUGGAUUUGCUCAUUUUUACCAGGAGGGUUUUUCCGAGGCCAGAGAUCUAUUCAUUAAAGGUGAGUUGGACCCCAGAGAAAUCAUCCUCCUCUACCCUAACAUGCAGUCGUGUCUAAGCGAGGACUUUCAGUCCCAGCUUGAUCAAGUGAACAAGGGCAGGGAUCUCCAGGUGCUCUGGCAAGAGGACAGCAACACAUUUCAUCAUUACCUUGCCUUCCUGGGAGAUUUUCUCAGAGCAGUCAGGGGGACUGAGCAAGACUUGAAGUGCAGUACAGAGGUAGACUGCGCCCUCCUGAGGCUGUAUGCAGAACUGGGAGACUCUGAAAAUCUGCACCAGCUUGUGACAUUUCCUAAUGAGUGCAGGCUGGAUCGUUGUGUCCCUGUUCUGGAGCAACACAACAGAUUUUUUGCGCUAGGUUCCCUCUAUCAAAGCCACGGGAAGACAAUUGAUGCAAUUAAGACUUGGGUGAAGAUUGCAGAUGGCUCCAACAAAGACCCCUCUUGCUCAGAUGCAUAUGGGCACAUCGUGUGGACUCUCAGUCAGCUGAAAAACCGAGAUACUGUGUGGAAAUUUGCAGACUGGACUCUGCAAAGAAGCCAAGAGAUAGGUGUGCAGAUUUUCACCAAGCGUCCACCAGAUGAUCGACUGGAGACCCAAGACGUCCUGGUUCUCUUGGAGAAGUACUCGCUGGCUUUGGUUUUGUAUCUUGAGUUCUUAAUCCAUGAUUUGAGCAGUGAGGAGGAGAGACAUCACAGCCGUCUGGCUUUGGCAUAUGUUACCGAGACGCUGCGAGAGGAAGAGGAAGCAGAUUUGAGACCAACCAGAGGGAAGUUGCAACAGCUGCUAUGGGAAUCCAAAUUCUAUGAUGUCUCUACUCUCUAUGAGAGGGUUAAGUCAACAACCCUGCACAUCGAGAAAGCCAUUCUCCUCGGUAGGACUGGGGAACACUCCCAGGCUCUGCAGGUGCUUGUUCACCAAGAGCAAGACCUCCAGGCUGCAGAGGCUUACUGCUGCAGGGCUGCCCAGGGCCAGGACACUCAGUUCAUGCAGGCCCUGCUGCUCACCUUGCUCCAAAUCUACCUGAGCUCUGAAGAUCUCACCAGCACUGCAGUGGAUCUGCUCAACAACAACCCUCAGGUCUUUGCAGUGGAGAAGGUCAUCCAGGUCCUUCCUGACUCCUGGUCUGUUCAACUUGUCUCCCAGUUCUUAGUUGGAUCCGUCAGGGAGGCCUUUCACCGGAGGCGGAUGGCGAGAGUGCAGAAGGCGCUGGCCCAGGCUGAGCUCAUGCAGCACAAGGUCAUUUGGAUGCAGGCCUCAAAAACAAAGCUGAGACUGGACAAGGAGCAGAAGUGUAAGGUUUGUCAGCAACACUUUACAGAGCCACAGUUUGCCUGUAACCUGCAUGGCGAGCUGAUGCACACCAGCUGCACCAGCUUUUCAGCAUAGUAAAGACACUAAUAGGCCAGUCUGUUGCCUGUUCAUGCACAUAAUGUCUCUGCACUCCUGAGAAUCCCAUUCAUUUCUAGCUGGAUAAGUGUCUGCUUCUCACCUGAUAAUUUAUCUAGAUUAGACUGUGUCAUCUGCACAAACUCUCUACAAGGACUCAAUUCAUGGACCUUGGACUAGACACGUUCCCUAAUUAGAAAAAAGAAAAUACAUUGUGUAAAUAACUGGUUUCAAAAUGCAAAAGAGCAAGAGGUGCACUUUUUCAGGGCGGCGUGUCUGAGCCUUUUCCUAGAGGCGCUGUAGACAGCAACAGCUAUAAAGUGAAUUGUGGAGGACAUAUAUUCACUGAUCAGACAGUAGUGUUUUACAUAGAAACCACCUGUGGUCACCCUGAUGACCAGAGGGAAUUUGACCAUCCUCCACUGCUGUAUAUAUGCAUCCCCACCAUCAUGGUUUCCACUGACUGUGUAUAUUUGUCUGCAGAGAGCUGGAAAUAGAAAGUCAACAUGCUGCACGUGAGAGACUUUUUUU